CCUGUUAGAUGGUUUCCGAACUCCUCUGUCUUGAUUUCAAAGUCACGAGGCAAUGAAUCAAAUUCGGCAUUAAUCACCGAGCUCAGACCAAGAAGUUCCCGGUGGAGAUCACCAGCCUGUCACAUGUCAAUCGACGCUCGGCAUCAUCGCUAUCCAACCUCAAUCUACGUACACGGUUCGUUUCUCGGCAUCUGUCACACUCUCCGACCCUCUUGCGCGUCUUUCAGAGUCGCUGGGAUCAUGGAUGCAUACCUCGCAGGAAUAUGGGAUGAACAGGGAGAGCGCUUUCCAUAACUACAUCAAUCGUCUUUGAUCAAUCAAGAAUUCAGCAAACACUCCUUCCACACCAAAUUCAAAGACCAAGCAAACAACCACUCUAUCAGCCAUCAAUUAUCACAAUGGGAUCCAUCGGAGAGCCAAACCGUCUGCUCUGCUGGAGCAUCUACGUCACCAAGAAGCCAGACCAAUCUGAGGAGGAUCACCACAACCAUGUCUCCAAGGUCAAUGCUCCCAUGAUGAUACCAUUUCUGAAGAAAUAUGGCAUUGUUCGUUACACUGUGAAGCACAACGAUGCUCACUCUAAGCCCAAGCAAGCGGCUCUGAUGGCCGGCCAGCCAGAAGAGAAUGUCCUCGCUUAUGACACUGUUUUUGAGAUGAUUGUCAAAGACAUUGAGAGUAUUCAGACUAUGCAAAAGGAUGAGGAGUUUUUGCGUACUACUAUUCCAGAUCACUUCAACUUUGCGGAUAUGACUCGCAGCAAGGGAUCGUUGACUUGGAUUGAGGAGUUCACUUUCUAG